AUGGCACAGGCAAGACAAUACUCCUCCAGCCUCACUGUGCCCAAUGGAGGCAACUGGGGUGAUUGGGGAAAAGCAGAAUUUUGCUCUACUGGCUAUGCCAAUGGAUUUUCCUUGAAGGUUGAGCCCGCUCAAGGCUCUGGGGUAGAAUGGGAUGAUACAGCUCUGAACGGCAUCCUUCUGUACUGUACUGAUGGUACAACCAUUACAUCUUUUUACAUCUUUUCCCUCCCUCUCUCUUUCCCCACCCCACAACAAAUGCUGCAGUGGGGUCAAUGGAGAGUGAUGCUGUGGCAUCCCAGCUUGCAUCUGACCACCUUCUCACUGAAUGUAGAGUCACCGCAAGACCGUGCUGAUGACACAGCAGCCAACAACAUCAGGUUCAGAUUGUCAGAUGGGAGAGUGCAAGAGGGCAAAGUAGAUUCUGUCUGGGGCACUUUUGGCCCCUGGAGUGAUCAGUGCCACUCUGGGGCCAUCUGCGGGCUCCAGACCAAGGUGGAACCACCCCAGGAUCGGGGGGAUGACACGGCACUCAAUGAUGUGAGGUUCUUCUGCUGA